AUCCAAUUAUUCUUAUAUAUAUAAGCUUCAACAUAUUCUAUGCUUUUUCAUUGAAGGCUUGUUUCAUUUCUUUCUUAAUACAAAAAAAAAUAUUUCUUCUUGAAAUGAAUGUGAAGGGAAUAAUGGGUGAUGAUAGUGCAAGAAACAUGAAGUGGAUGGUUAAGAAAACUAAUAGUGAUUCAACAACAUCCAUUGGAACAUUCUCAGAAGAUUCAAAUAAUUCUAUGUGUUCUUGUUCAUCUGAUUUGACUGAGGAUGCUGAUUCUUCUUCAUCAUCACAUUCAAUAGGAUCAUUAUGUGAUUUCUCAGAGCUCAUGAACAAUCUUCCUAUGAAGAGAGGGUUGUCAAUGUUUUAUCAAGGGAAGGCUCAAUCAUUCACUUCUUUGGCUGAGGUAGAAAACAUUGAAGAUCUUCCAAAGAAAAGCAUAUCUUACAACAAAAGAAUGAAGUCAUGUAGAAGUUAUGGAGGAGGUUUGGAUAAUCAUAGAAUAUGGUAUAGUCCAAAGGCUACAAUAUCAAAAAAAGCUUCAAGAGGGCCAUUAAGUUCAUCUUUAUUAGGCAAAAGAGGGAGUUUCUUAGAACGUUCUAGACCUUCAAUUGUUGUACACAAGAACUUCUGAAAAUCAAUUAAUUAGAGAUAGUUUGUUUCAGGUUCUAUAGAACCGACACUUUUAGUCGAAGGCAUGUUCUGCAUCUGACAUGUGUUCUAAAAACCGACACAAUACCGAUACAAAUGACUACUUUGAAUUAUAUCAUUUUUUCAAAAUUGUAUCAGUGUUGAUGUGUUUGUGCUUUAUAGGUUCCAUGUGCAAAA